GCGCCGGGCCCCCAGGCGGGGCGACAGGCGCCGGGCCCCCAGGCGGGGCGACAGGCGCCGGGCCCCCAGGCGGGGCGACACAGGCGCCGGGCCCCAGGCGGAGCGGCGGGCGCCGGACCCCCAGGCGGAGCGACAGGUCUCGGGCCCUCAGGCGGAGCGGCGGGCGCCGGACCCCCCCAGGUGGAGCGACAGGUCUCGGGCCCUCAGGCGCAGCGGCGGGUGCCGGACCCCCAGGUGGAGCGACAGGUCUCGGGCCCGCAGGCGGAGCGGCGGGCGCCGGACCCCCAGGUGGAGCGACAGGUCUCGGGCCCUCAGGCGCAGCGGCGGGUGCCGGACCCCCAGGUGGAGCGACAGGUCUCGGGCCCUCAGGCGGAGCGCGGCGGGCGCCGGACCCCCAGGUGGAGCGACAGGUCUCGGGCCCUCAGGCGGAGCGGCGGGCGCCGGACCCCCAGGUGGAGCGACAGGUCUCGGGCCCUCAGGUGGAGCGGCGGGCGCCGGAUC